AGGGAGCGGAGAAAAAAGCCGACUCAACAUUCUAUACAGAACCUUGUACCGCAGUGUCGUCCCAUCGCCCUAUCCAAGAGAGAGAGAGAGAAAUCUGCAGUACCGCAAAGUGGAGAGAGAGAGAGGAGGGGGGGAGUGAGAGAGAUAUCGGGAGGGGGAGGGAAGCGAAGAAGAGGUACCGCACCACCGUUGUGAGUCCAACUACAGCGUAAGAAAGAGCGGAGCGACGCAUUAUUGCAGUAUAGUGCCAUAGGAGACGCAAAAAACUACCGCACUAACCUAAAUCCGAUACACACCCUGACACGCAUGCACACACACUCACCGACAGAAGCAGACAACGGUGGUGUUACAUUAUUCAGAACUAAGACCGAGGGAAAUAGUGAAAUUAUAUAAUUAGCUAACCCUGUGGGCUCUAGUGCUCUCUCUCUCUUUCUCCCCCUCUCCCUCCCUCCCUUUCUCUCUCUAUCCGCGCUCUCUGUCAGUGAGUCAGUCGUUUAACCAUCUGCAAACGAGAUGUCCGCCCCAGCCCCCGAUGCAGCUGCCCCAGCAGGGCCCCCUGGAGCCCCAGGAGCCCCGGGAGGAGAAGGGGGUGCCCCGGGCGGCGGACCCCCAGCCCCUCCCCCCAACCUCAGCAGCAACCGCAGAUUGCAACAGACACAGGCACAAGUGGAAGAGGUAGUAGACAUCAUGCGUGUGAACGUGGACAAGGUCCUGGAGAGGGAUCAGAAGCUGUCGGAGCUGGAUGACCGGGCUGACGCGCUGCAGGCCGGGGCCUCGCAGUUCGAGAGCUGCGCUGCCAAGCUGAAGAAUAAGUACUGGUGGAAAAACUGCAAGAUGAUGAUAAUGAUGGGUAUCAUUGGUGUCAUCGUUGUUGGAAUCAUUUUCUUGUACUUCUUCUCUUGAGCUGACCCCUGUGUGGAAGGACACAGACGCCAGAAUGACAAUGAGAGGGGAGAAAACACCCUCAAAUUCUUUCCCCCCCUUGUUCUUCCCUUCCUCCCUCUCUCCACACUGAAGUCUUCCAUCCAACCAUCUUGCACUUAAACAUGACGGUAGUGUAUAGACGUUGAUAUCUCUCUGCUCUUUCCCCUCCCUCGCCCUUUUUCUUUCUCACUUGCUCUUUCGCUCUUUGUCUUGGUGCAUCUCCAGCUCUCUCCCUGUCUCUGCUUCUAAUUCAUUAUUGAAAGGUCUGGCAGACACACACCAGAGUUGAGCGACAGAGGGAGAAUUGAGAGAAAGAGGGAAGGAGAUGAGAGAACAUUGACAAGGAGAGAGGGGAAAGGUAGGCACAGAGUGAAAGAAAAGAAAGAGAGAAAGAGUGCACUGGGAAAUACAGCAGGUGAUAUGGAUUACAUUUUUUUUAACCUAAUUAUGCCAAAGCGUGUUAAUUUUACCUUUUGGAAGCUUCCUGCAUUUGUAAAUUGAUACUGACAUACCUAAUAACCUUCCAGAGUCUCCCACUCCUACUACCACUACUGUUAUUACUACUACUACUAAUACAAACCCGUAAUUAUGAUAAUGGUAAUGAUUAUUUUGUGUUUGUGUACUUGUGGAUCAAAUCAUCGUAGCUAUGAGCUUUUCCCGAUUCCAUUUUCUUUGGCUUUUCUGGUGUUCCUGUCUUUUUUUCCUCACCAUUCUCUGUGUCUCACUCUGAAACGCUAAGACAAACAGAGGUAGAGACAAGAGACAGACAGAAAACAAUGAUGGUGAACCCAGUCAAGAUGUUUAAAUUUGUUGUUUCAACUUUUGGUAUGUGUCUAUACUUGUGCCAGUGUCAGAUGGUAAGACAGCGACGCGGGCUGAAAUGUAUUUAUGAAGUUAGACGGACAGACAGACUGAGAAAGACACACAGAUCUUCUCUCCAUAUGUUCAUCAGUCCAUUUUUUCAUGUAUGAACAGAACAAGGCCUAAUAUAUGGUUAAUCACUCUGACUAUGACACACCUAUAGACUGCCUAGAAACAAUGUGUAAUGUGUCAAAAGAUAAUAUGGGUAGUUCUGUAAAUACUGAUUUAUUUGUUAACAAUUUAGGGAGUUGCCAAUCCAGACCUGGUUAGUUGUGUUCACAUAGCCAGAUGGUAAAACGGGUGCUGUCUCCAGUGAUGAUACCUGGCUGCCACUCUCAGUCAAACAGAAAAGGUUGGAGUGGGCGUCACCACAUAUCCAAACACAUAUUGUGUACUGUGGGUCACUGGGGUACUGUCUGUGCCUGUGAUGGCUUGCAUGGCGUAUUGGUGCCCCUAAAUUACUAUAUGUUCCCCAUCAGUCAAUACCAUUUUUCUCCUGAUGAACAUGCAAAGAAGAACCUUGUGUCGCUUUAAUAUGAAAGCUCCUUUGCCAUGAAGCCAAAACAGCACCAAAUGCUCUAUUUUGUUACGUUAGUCAUAUGCCUGAGGGGAAAAAAGAAAAAUGAUUGCUGGAAUCUUAUAUUGAAGAAAGAAACAACAAUAAAAAAUAUCAUCACAAAAUAUUUAACUUCUGCCAAAAUAUUGAUCCUGAAAAUUGAUUUAUUUUCCAUUUUUUCUGUUAUUCGGUAUAAUUAAAUGUUUCUCUCAAAGGUUUAAUAAAGAGAUGCUGUAAAAAUCUGAAAAUAUCUCUAUGUAAAUUGUAUUUAUGAAUGAAAAUAAAGGUGGUAACUCAAGCGUAAUUGAAACAAGCAAAAAUGAGAGAGAUGCUACUGAAUUAUGUGAUUGUCAUUUAAAAGCAUGCCUUUUGCCUACCACUUUUGCUGAUGCCAAUAAAGAA